AUGUCAGCCACGGAAUGGAACAAGGGUGCCUAUCUGAUGUGGCAUGUGCUUGGGAUGAAUGAGCUAGGCUCGGACCAGGCCCGCGAGAAGAGGGGAGCUCUUGAACGUGUCAUCGGUGCCUACACAACAAAAGCUUACGUGCGCAAAUACGCUGUUGUUCCAAAAACCUCCAAGGCGGUGCUCGGCCCCCGUGAGGAGCUGAUGGAGAAUGAGGCCGAGGAGGCCAUGGAGCCCGAGGAGGCCGAGGCCAUGGAGGCCGAGGCCAUGGAGGCCGAGGCCAUGGAGGGCGAGCCCAUGGAAGCCGAAGGAGCCGUGCGAAGGGUGCGAGGAGGAGCAUGGUCUGAAAACGGUCUGAAGCACCUGGCCCGCGUUGCGACGUUCGAGCUUGCCCGUAUCCCGGGUCCCGAGGAGGGCUACGCCGAGGGCGACGCCGAGUUUGCCACAGAAGAGGGCUACGCAGAAGACACGGAGGAGUCGAUUCUUCGUCAGAGAAUCGUGCAUGACAGCGCCCGCGUUGCACUUAUCACGGUCGAUGAAGAUCAGGAGGAGCUGAUGCCGGCAGAGGAAGAGGCCGAAGAGGCGGAACAGGAUCCAGAGUUGGAUGCCAAGUUUCAGGAGGAGGAGGCACAGGCAGCCGAGGAGGGAGAGGCCGAGGCUGAGUACGAAGCUGAUGCCUGGGAGGAGGUGGAGGAGAUCGAACUAUGCUUCACGAAGCCGCGGGAGCCACGGGGUCCACCGCCUGAUGUCGCCCAGGCACCGGGAGAGAUCUCUUUUGAGAGUGGGGAGCAGAGUAGCACGUUGGAGAGCGAAGCACAAGGCGUGGGACGUCACGCCCCCGCCGCCACCAGUGAGGUGGACACUGCCAUCUGGGUCCAAGUCACGAGAGGCUUAGAGGGAGAACUCAACAUCAUUCGCAGUUCUUCGCUGCUCCCGAACUCUUUGCUGCUUUGUGGCUUCGGAGGUUCCAGCGGGCUUGAAGGUGGUGCCUCCGCGACCAGGCAGAAGGGCCAACAGGUCCACGUGGUACCUGCCCGGGUCCCGCCGAAGCAGCAGCAGAGCUCAGCAGGAGGCGAUCCAGGCCCUGCCGAGCGUUCUGCUGCCGCUGCUGCGGCACUGGAUCGGGCAAAGGCGCUCUUCUCGCAAGGCAAGAAGAGCGGCGACCAGGCCUUCAAUCCGCCAGCUCGCAAGAACAUGGGCAGCUUGACUACGAACAUCUCCAAGAGCCUCAGGGACUCCUUGCAGAAGCACCUUGCAAAGAAACAGCAGGAGGAGCGUCGCAAGCAUGAAGAGCAGAAGGCGUCGAAGGUCAAGGCGCCCGAGGACACCAAACCCUGGACAGGGUCCACCUCAUCUCAGGCGGCGCUGGGGAAAGAGGCUACAUUGACGCCGUCUGCCCCGUCCAGGCCACCGAAGAGUGGGGAUGCCUGGGCGUCUGCCGGGUUGCGGCUCAACGCCGUGGACACCACAGAUCAGGACAAGGCAGCUUUGAAGAAGUUCAAGGAGGACUUGCAGUUGGAUGAACAGGUGGAGCUGGGCCUUCAGUUCCUUUCCCAAGGGAAGCUGAACCGCAUCCUGUCCCAGAAGGACAGGGUGCUCAAGACCUGCAGGGAUGCAGCGGCAAGGACGGAAAUGGUGCGGAAGAUGAUCGCGGAGUACGAUCCUUCGGCCGACGAGCUGGUCAGGCGAAUUGAAGCCCAAGAAGAGCAGGAGAAGAUCUUGAAGGCCAUGUUCUGCUAUUUGAAUCUGUCCACCAGUCUCGCCUGCGCCAAAGACCCCGCCAAAGGCUCAGCCGCGUUUCUAGCUUUCGUAGCCCAGAUCUCAAGUUUUGGGGAAGGGGCUGCUGUUCUGCUGCCUGCUUUACGCUGGCUGAUAUUACCAAGAUAA